AUGGCCACAUCCAUAUCUGCUCCUGGAGGAGAAUCCGGGUCACUGGGGGGAAGUCUCCCAAAGCAAGAGUAUAGCUUGAGACUAAUAGCAAUUGUUGCUAGCACUGUGGGCGCAAUGGUUUUUGCUCUUAUUUCUCUGGCACUGUAUCUCUACUCUCGGCGACGAGCUACAAGCCGGACUUUGAGGUACAGCUUGAAUGAGCCAAAGGCAUCUGCGCCGGUGUUCUCUAAUGAAGCCCACAAACGCUGGUUCUGCUGGCCCUUACCGUCUCGCAAAAUGUUCAAACAAGAAGAACACGAUUCGAACUCAUCGUCAUCACAACGUGGGCCGGAAUUACUACAGCAUAUAUGCUUUCUACUAUCCCAGCGGAACGACCUACAAACUAGCGGAGAUAUUCCAACGUCGAGGACGAUGCCAACAAACCUUGAGCCACAUAAAGAAGGGCACCCACUACCGAACACUAAAACGCGCUACGACUCUGGAAAUUGCGGUAUUGAGCAAAGUAGUCCUCAGACACCAAACCCCUCUCGAACUUCCCUCACCACGGUAGGGGAGACUCCAAGUAGAAGCUUGUCGAUGGAAUCGAAUAAAUCUUCUCUUUCCGAGCGUUUUCAUCGAAUUAGCAGAUCUAUACCAAGCCCGUCCCUCGAUUUACCUGACGAAUUCAGGCUCGAGAUCCCUAUGAGUAACACUCUUCCCCGUCGAGAUAACGGAAAGUCCCCAAAACCGACACAUACGCGGAGUUGCAGCAGUAGCGUUAUCGUGCUUCCUGGACGGAGCGCGAGCAAUAGUCUAUCUUCUAGGACGCCACUGCAUGCUACAGCGUCGGUGUUGUCCCGCUGGCGCAGGGUCCGCGACGCGGGACCCGACUUGACCAAUCGGAGGAGUGAUCUCUUUGAUCUCCUCCAGUCCAUAUCCGACCUUGCGGUAGACGAGGAAGAAUAUUUGCGAGAAGCAAAGGACGAUUGUGAACUGUCGCCCGUUUAG